ACCCUCGUUAGCUAAGUCUUGGUCGCACUCUUCACCAGGAAGACUUUGUGAAGAGUCAAAAUGUCAACAAGCGACUUUUAUUUGAGAUAUUAUGUUGGGCACAAGGGCAAAUUCGGACAUGAGUUCCUGGAAUUUGAAUUCAGACCUGACGGUAAACUGAGAUAUGCAAACAACAGCAACUACAAGAACGACGUCAUGAUCAGAAAAGAGGCAUAUGUACACAAAAGUGUGAUGGAGGAGCUGAAGAGGAUCAUCGACGACAGUGAGAUCACCAAGGAAGACGAUGCACUGUGGCCGCCUCCUGACAGAGUUGGCAGACAGGAACUGGAGAUCGUCAUCGGGGACGAGCACAUUUCAUUCACAACUUCCAAAAUCGGUUCAUUGAUCGACGUCAACCAGUCAAAGGAUCCUGAAGGCCUCCGCGUGUUCUACUACCUGGUGCAAGAUCUGAAAUGUCUCGUCUUCAGUCUCAUUGGACUACACUUCAAGAUCAAGCCAAUCUAAAAACAUGGAUUCUUUUUGUUCAUUUUAAGUGCUUUAGCUCAUGUUUCUGUUGUUGUACUACCGCAUUUGUACAUUUGCUUUUGGUUGAACUGUUUUUAUUUUAAAUAAAGGGUGAAAAAA